AUCCCCACCAACCAGCUUUCCUCCCGUUUAAUGGAAUGAAUCAUAAUGAAUUGUGGCCAUUGUCUCGACCAGACUAACAAUGGCUCCCACGAUCUAGCCUCUCUUUGCUCCCUGACUGCCCCUCCCGCCAUUUCCCGCCACUGGGGACAGGAUGGCCUCCUAUAGCUCUUCUUUUCCGGCCCCAACCCAACAACUCAUCGGCCUCCUGUCUUUCCUCCUCGUCCUCAACGCCGCCGCCGCCGCCACCAUCCGCCUUGGAGUCAUCCUCAAGCCCGCCCCCGAUGUCCCCAGUUUUCGUGAAGCCCCGGCCUUUCGCAAUGGGGACGCCUGCAACGCAGAGAAGAUCCACAUUGCCAUGACAUUGGACUCUAACUAUCUCCGAGGCACAAUGGCCGCCGUCUUCUCCAUCUUGCAGCAUUCCACCUGCCCUGAGAACAUAGAGUUCCAUUUCCUGUGGGCUAGGUUCAAACCUGAAGUCCUUUUCAGCAUCAAAACCACCUUCCCCUACCUCAAAUUCCAAAUUUACCGCUUCGAUUCCAGCAGGGUGCGUGGGAAAAUCUCCAAAUCUAUCCGACAAGCAUUGGACCAGCCUUUGAACUAUGCAAGAAUCUACCUUGCUGAUAUUAUCCCUAGUUACGUGAAUCGGGUUAUAUACUUGGACUCCGACCUCGUCGUUGUGGAUGACAUUGCGAAGCUUUGGGAGGUUGACUUGGAGGGCAAGGUGGUGGCGGCGCCCGAGUACUGCCAUGCCAACUUCACCAACUACUUCACGGACCUGUUCUGGACAGACGCAGUUCUGUCUCGCGCCUUUGAGGGUCGAAACCCAUGCUAUUUCAACACAGGGGUUAUGAUAGUGGACGUGGAGAAAUGGAGGGAAGGGGAUUAUACUCGGCAGGUGGAGAGGUGGAUGGAUGUGCAGAAGCAGAAGAGGAUUUACCAUUUGGGGUCUUUGCCUCCUUUUCUGCUGGUUUUGGCUGGCGAUAUAAAGGCGGUGGACCACAGGUGGAAUCAACAUGGGUUAGGAGGGGACAACCUUGAAGGCAAGUGUAGGAGUCUGCAUCCUGGUCCUAUUAGUUUGCUACAUUGGAGUGGAAAGGGUAAGCCAUGGUUGAGGCUGGAUUCUAGGAAGCCCUGCACGGUUGAUCAUCUCUGGGCACCUUAUGAUCUUUACCGUUCCAGCACUCACUCUUUGGAGGAAUGAUCCUGGGAAUUCAAGUGGGAGGAGCAUUGAUUAGAUUAUUGGAAGGACAAAAAGGACCCAAAAAAAAAAAAAGAUCUUAAUUUUAAAGAAUGAUGCGGGAGAGAUGCAAGUGACCAUAAUUCAUUUGACAGUUCUCAUUAGACUAGUCCC